AUGGGACUCUCCAUGCCCCAUGGCUCCCACUGGCUGCUCAAGGAGGAGUUCUCCUCCGCUCCCAGCACCACCACUGUCGGCACCAUCACCUCCCGGGUGACCAGGAAUGGGAAUGCCGUCAUGGAGAAGAACUUACUCAAUCAUGAGGACUCGGCAGGAGACCGGGGCGUGGUAGAUGAUCUCUUUGAUGAGACCUACCGGGAGAAAGAGGGCCCCAAGCCCCCCUUGCGAUACGUCUGGAGGAAUAUCAUCCUCAUGAGCCUGCUGCAUCUAGGGGCCGUAUUCGGGUUGAUGCUGAUCCCUUCUGCAAAGAUCCAGACGUUGGCAUGGGCCGUUCUGUGUUUCCUGCUGAGCGCUCUGGGGAUCACAGCUGGAUCUCACCGCCUCUGGAGCCAUCGGUCCUACAAAGCCACGCUGCCCCUGCGGAUCUUCUUGACUAUUGCAAACUCCAUGGCCUUCCAGAAUGACAUCUACGAGUGGGUCCGGGACCACCGCGUCCACCACAAGUUCUCCGAGACAGACGCGGACCCACACAAUGCCACGCGGGGCUUCUUCUUCUCCCACAUCGGCUGGCUACUGGUGCGCAAGCACCCCGAUGUCAUAGAGAAGGGCCAGAAGCUGGACCUGAGCGACAUAAAGGCUGACAAAGUGGUGAUGUUCCAGCGGAGAUACUACAAGCCCUCGGUGGUGUUGCUGUGCUUCACCCUGCCCACUGUAGUGCCCUGGUACUUCUGGGACGAAUCCAUCAUCAUCAGCUUCUUCAUUCCAGCCAUCCUGCGCUACGCUGUAGCGCUCAAUGCCGCUUGGCUAGUGAACAGUGCUGCUCACAUGUUUGGCAACCGGCCAUACGAUCAGCACAUCAACCCACGGGAGAACCCCCUGGUCAGCCUGGGGGCCCUAGGAGAAGGCUUCCACAACUACCACCACACCUUCCCCUACGACUACUCCACCAGUGAGUUUGGCUGGCGCUUCAACUUAACCACAGCCUUCAUCGACCUCAUGUGCUUCCUGGGGCUGGCCAGCGAUCGCAAGAAAGUCUCCAAGGAGGUCAUCCUGGCUCGGAAAAUGCGGACUGGAGAUGGGAGUCACAAGAGUGGCUGAGUUCCUGCUCCCCUUCACACACACAUCCACACCUCUCCUUCCUCCUUUUUUCUCCCUUUCUCCUUUCCUGACCCCUCUGAACACGCUGGACAAAGGUUUAAUGUUCUGUUUACUAACUACUGAAUAAUGCUACCAGUUUGCUUAAGGUAAUGAUAAUGAGUUUUAACCCCCCUCCCACACUGUAUUUUACGUGAUGUAUUUAAGACCUAGGACUCUGCCUUUAUAACGCAAGGCCACCCCUGUCCCUCCCCUCCUUCCCCUUCCCGUUCAUUCUCUCCAGCCCCUCUACCCCGCCUCCCACUUUACAUCGUCCAGGUCUCUCCCUGGCAGGGGAGCUGGUAGGAAGCAGCCCAGGGCGGCUCAUCGCAGCCGGCUACGUACCAUGGGGUUAAGGGAAGCCUGUACCAGCCAGCUGAAGAGUUGAGCCACAGUGACUCUCUCCCCACCACCUUCCCCCCCAAAUUCCUUCCUCUGUCCCUCUUCCUUUCUCAAGGGCUGCUGACAGACGUGGCAUGGCUAAACUGCUCUCCCUGGGAAAAGCAGCCCCGUCCCCUUCCCUUGCCACCGGAAAGAGUUGUCUCUUUCCAAGAUGUCUCUUGGGAAGUGUUCUCCCAAGCUGGGGCGGGGGGGAGGGUCUGGUGGCGGCAGCGGGCACUGGAGGGGCAGCCCAGGUGACCUUAUUACCUCCUCCGUCUGGUGUCACAGCCUCCCUCUCUGCACUGCCCGCUGUGCCCCACACCACCAGGGACUGAAGGCAGAGCCUGGCUCCGGGCUCUGUGGCCCCUUUGGAGAGCCACAGUGAGAAGGGGGACAGACGGAGGGGUGUGCCACUGGCUGCCGUGCGGUGGCACCAGCCCGGGGUGGUUUUGUUCGCUGCCGCCACUGAGAUUUUUGCCGGGAAACAGGCCUUUGCCAAAAUGGAGAGGGGGAGAAGGAUGUAAACCAAAGCUCCAUCGCUGAGCUCGGCUGCUUUGUGUGCCGGAGGAACGGGGUCCCCGCUGGGUGGCAGGCAGAUGUCCUGGUGUCCGUGCCCGCCCUGCGGAUCCGCAUCCUGUGCCGAGCGCAGGGAUGGGGCAAGGGAGCGCCUACAGGCAUAGGGAGGGGUGAGGGUGUCCGCGGGAGCAGGUCUCUCCAUCCUUGGGGGCUCCGCUCAGUCGAUUAACAAGUGCCUGAGAAACACCGACGCGGGGCCAGGCGGCAUGGGGGGACUCGAGGGAGUCAAGACCUCCGAGGCGAGACACUGCCGCCAGCGCGAGCCACCUCUGGCCUUUCCUGCCCGGGGUCCACCAGGGUGGUUUGUCGUUCCCGGCUCCUCUGAGGGGGUGGGAAGGGGGAGGCGAAAGCAGCUCCUCCUUAGUCCUUUAGCUUGCCUCCCAGCCCCCUUGGCGAGCCAUCUCGCCACCUUGCGCCUUCGCUGGCGAGGCAGGCAGCGAGGGCGGCUGAGCCUGCGGAAAGGUCAGUUAUAUCACCGAGCUGACGUGGGCACGCAGCUGGAGGGUGUGCUGGGGAAAAAAGUCCUUGUGGGUGUUGUUUCCCGCAAGUUGCAGAGACCGCAGCUUGAGUUCAGGUGGUGGGCUAGGUUCUGGGCAUCAUGGCCCCGAGCCCCUCACUGGGCUGAAUGUGCUCUUUUUCCCCCUUAACUCUCGCCAUUACUAUUAAUUUUUAUUAUUAUUACUAUUAGUUGUAGCAAUAGUCUUGUUUUUGUUGCUUAAAUGCACCAAACGGAGCUGGAGGAACGCACAAGAGGUGGCCGGAACGAGGUGAUACUGGAGCGGGGUUUGCAGCAUCUGCCUUAUUCAGGCAGGCCGGGGAGGGCAGAGAGAGUGGAUGCCAACUUCCUCGCCUCAGCUUUGCCAGAUAGCAGCCAGGCAAGCUUCACGGGAGCAAGUCUCUGCAGCUUUGCUUUUUCCUGCCGCUGUGAAACUCGCCAGGAGCCAGGACAGCUCUGUGAUGUUCUCCUUAACAAGAGCACGCUCGUUACGCAGAAAAGAAGUCCUUCUCCUCUCCUUUCCCCUGCCCGCCACCACCAUGGCCCUGUUAUUGCUCAGCAAUGGGACCCUUCAAGGUUUUGAGGCGUCGGGAGCGACGUGGUCUCCAGCCGAGAGCUACAACAGGGCGGAAUGGCGCAGGGAGCCCUUCAGCUCCCAGCGUCAGGAGGCGGCAUCCUUACUGCUCUGAGGCUCGUGCCUGCCUGGGGGCUGGCUGGAGCAAAGGGAGUUGUGGCUAGAAUUGCAUCCUACCAUUUGAAAAUAGAAAAAGCCCUCCAAAACAAAAGAGAAACACUGUUAGCUCUGUAAUUGGGGGCUGACUUUGCUCUAGUCUGAACCUCUCUGAAUUCACAGAAGUCUCCAGAGAGGAUGAAUUUGUUCCAUCCAGUAAUUUGAAAGGGGUGUGGGGAGGGGAGAAGAUGAGCAGAAUGAUUUCCUUGCUCCUGGUGCCCUUAAGGUGUCACGUGACAUACCCUACCGGAGAGAAGCGUGCCGUGACAUGCUGCCAUAUUUCGCAUCCUCUCAGCAGAGAAGCAGGAUUUGACAUCGAGGGUUCCUUUCAAGUGUCAAGUGCUGAUUCGGGUCCAGAAUCUGGAGUUAGCGUGGGAGCUGAGGAGCAGCAACCAAACAGUCCUGGUGUUUGCCCAGUCACUUUAAAGGUAGAUUGGCAAAUAUCUCUGGGUGCCUUAAAUCUUUCUUUAAUAUACAGAGGAGUAUUGACAGCUAUUUGCCGUAUUUUUUUUCUUUUUUCUGAAUUGUGAACAUUCGAGGGGUUUCUUAAUUAUUUAAUUGCCUACAUGGAACUGUGGGGGUGCAGGUGAUUUUGAAUGUAUUGGACUUAGAAUUUUGGUUAGAUUAAGGAACAGAUGCAACACUUCAAGUAGAACUUUGUGAUAUAGGUAGAGCUAUAUAUAUAUAUAUAUAUACACACAUACACACACACCUAUAAAUAUAUAUAUAUAUUUUUGGUGGCAUGUUUGUAUCCUGGGCGCGUCAUCUGUAUGUUGAGCUUAAACGAGUCUGUGAGAGGUGGAAGCAGAGAAGGCAGCAGUGGGACCUCGUGGCUAGAGCAGCCGUUCUCCUGGGACCUGUUCCCACCGCAGCUACUCGCGCACUGCGUGAUGUGGGACAAAGUCAGUCACUUAAAAACUCUCUGUGCCUCAGCUCCCCGGUCUGUACCAGGGGGUUACGCCGUGCCUCCCCGCGGCGCGCUGAGGCUCGCUGCCGACCGGCCGAGCGCGGAGGAGGAAGGCGUACGUACCGCACGCGCACCGCUGCUGACAGAAGCGCGGACCGGUUGGUUUUCCAAAACCGUUCCCAGCCCCGCUGGUAUUGUGAGGAGCGGCUGUCCAAGCGUUGGGUGGUCAGGGAAGGACUGGAAAGUUGAAUCUGCACGUCGUCUAAGCUCUGUCGCUGUUGAAGUGUGAGUAGGAUACAAUUUUUCACGGCUUAGGGGUUUCUGCAUAGUAGUAUCUCUGUUUUGGGUACCGGAAAGGGAGAAGAAAAACCUUUUUGGGAUAAUUUCUACUAAUACGGCAACGGACAUCCGGUCGUGCUGAUCUGAAGUUUUAUUUGUUCAUAAUAAAAACGUUACGUGAAAA